AUGAGUGUGGGCGGGUCCCACCGUCAGAGUGUUGCGUCAGCGUCGGAGGAAGACGGCCAUCAUCGUAGAAACAUGCCUACCUUCGGGAACGGCUUCGGCAACGGCAAGAUCCAAACUCGGCGAAGACCGCGUGCCCGUUUCGUGAACAAGACCGGCCAGUGCAAUGUGAGCUUUGCUCACAUGGACGACCAAUCACAACGUUACCUGGCCGACAUCUUCACCACCUUCGUGGACAUUCGUUGGCGCUGGAUGUUUGUGCUUUUUUCCCUCGCGUUCAUUCUGUCCUGGCUAGCGUUUGGCAUGGCGUUCUGGGUCAUAGCCCUUCUCCACGGCGAUCUGGAAAAACCUUCGCCCGAAGAUUUCACGCCUUGCGUCAUGCAGGUCAAUAGUUUUGUGGCAGCUUUCUUGUUCUCCAUUGAGACGCAAACCACCAUCGGCUACGGUUUCCGCUGCGUGACGGAGGAGUGCCCUCUGGCCGUGUUCAUGGUAGUCCUGCAGUCCAUCAUGGGCUGCGUCAUCGACGCUUUCAUGAUCGGCGCCAUCAUGGCCAAGAUGGCCCGGCCCAAGAAACGCGCAGAGACGCUGCUGUUCUCACACAACGCUGUCAUUUCGAUGCGUGACGGGAAGCUGUGUCUGAUGUGGCGCGUGGGAAACCUGCGGAAGAGCCACAUCGUGGAGGCCCACGUGCGGGCAAUGCUCGUAAAGCCUCGCGUUACAGAGGAAGGGGAAUACAUCCCGCUCGACCAGAUCGACAUCAACGUAGGCUACGACAAAGGCACCGACCGGAUCUUCCUCGUCUCGCCUCUGACCAUCCUUCACGAGAUCGACGAGGAGAGCCCGCUGUUUGGGAUAAGCAAGCAAGAUCUGGAGACCGCCGACUUCGAGAUCAUUGUCAUCCUGGAAGGUAUAGUGGAGGCGACUUCCAUGACUGCCCAGGUUCGCAGCUCUUACUUAGCCACCGAGAUCUUGUGGGGUCAUCGUUUCGAGCCCGUCGUGUUUGAGGAGAAGAACCAGUACAAGGUGGACUAUUCGUACUUCCACAAGACCUACGAGGUGCCCUCCACACCUCGUUGCAGUGCCAAGGACAUGGAGGAAAAUAAGUUCCUGGAGACCAGCGCCAAUGCCUUCUGUUACGAGAACGAGUUGGCUUUCAUCAGCCACGAGGAAGAGGAGGAGGAGCAAGAGGAGGGCAGGGAGGAGAGAGGCGCGGAGCUGGAGACCCUCUCGAUGAGCCUGCCGUUCGACCAGAGGUCGUUUCAUAGAGAAUCGGAGAUAUAA